CCAUCCCUGUCGCUGCGCCCCUUCCUGUUUCCUCCCUCCCUGGCUCCUGCUCGGCUCGCUUCGACUUCCUCUCGCUGUCCAACCAAACCAACCGGGGUCAGCUCCUCGCGCCGAGGGCGGCCACCACAGCCAAUGGAGCCAAUGGACAGCCAAGUCACCGCCGUCGCGUUCUCCGACUCCGACAGCGUCUCCGUUGAGGGCGCGGCCGACGCGGCGGACGCCGACGUGCAGGCGCUCCGCCGCCUCUCCGACAACCUAGCCGCAGCGUUCCGGUCCCCGGACGACUUCGCCUUCCUUGCCGACGCGUCCAUCGCGGUCCCGGGCGCGCCCGAGCUUCGGGUGCACCGUUGCGUGCUCUGCGCGCGCAGCCCCUUCCUGCGCGCCGUCUUCGCGCGCCGCGCGGGCGGCGGCGGCGCGGAGGCGGACAAGGUGGAGCUCCGGGAGCUGCUAGGCGAGGAGGUGGAGGUCGAGUACGAGGCACUGCAGCUGGUGCUCGAGUACCUGUACAGCGGCCGCGUCGGCGACCUGCCCAAGGCGGCGUGCGUCUGCGUCGACGAGGACGGGUGCGCGCACGUCGGCUGCCGCCCCGCGGUCGCCUUUAUGGCGCAGGUCCUUUUUGCUGCAUCCACCUUCCAGGUCGCCGAGCUCACCAACCUCUUCCAGCGGCGGCUCCUUGAUGUCCUUGAUAAAGUUGAAGUGGAUAACCUCCCAUUGAUCUUAUCUGUUGCAAACUUAUGCAACAAAUCUUGUAUGAAACUGCUGGAGAGAUGCCUUGACAUAGUAUUUCGGUCAAAUCUUGAUAUGGUUACUCUUGAGAAGGCGUUGCCUCCUGAUAUUCUUAAACAAAUUGUUGAUGCACGGCUAAGUCUCGGAUUGGUUUCGCCUGAAGACAAGGGCUUUCCUAACUUACAUGUAAGAAGGAUACACAGAGCCCUUGAUUCUGAUGAUGUGGAGCUAGUCAGAAUGCUACUCAAGGAAGGGAAAACUAAUCUUGAUGAUGCAUAUGCAUUGCACUAUGCUGUUGAACAUUGUGACUCAAAAAUUACAACAGAGCUUCUGGAUCUCGCACUUGCUGAUGUUAAUCAUAGGAACCCAAGAGGUUAUACGGUUCUUCAUAUCGCUGCUAGGAGAAGAGAACCUAAAAUCAUUGUCUCUCUUUUGACCAAGGGAGCUCGGGCAUCAGAUCUCACGUUCGAUCAUAGAAAAGCAGUACAGAUUUCUAAGAGACUUACAAAACAUAGGGAUUACUUUGGGCUUACUGAGGAAGGAAAACCUUCUCCUAAAGAUAGGUUAUGUAUUGAGAUACUAGAGCAAGCUGAAAGAAGAGAUCCGCAACUCGGAGAAGCAUCGGUUUCUCUCGCAAUGGCAGGGGACAGUCUGCGUGGAAAGUUAUUGUAUCUUGAAAACCGAGUUGCUUUGGCGAGGAUAUUGUUUCCCAUGGAGGCAAGAGUAGCGAUGGACAUUGCUCAAGUUGAUGGAACUUUGGAAUUUACCCUUGGUUCUAAUUCAAAUCCGCCUUCUGAGAUACAGCGGACAACUGUCGAUCUAAACGAUACUCCUUUUAAAAUGAAGGAAGAGCACUUAGCUCGGAUGAGAGCCCUCUCCAAAACAGUGGAACUUGGGAAGCGCUUCUUCCCACGGUGUUCGAAGGUACUUGACAAGAUCAUGGAUGAUGAAACUGAGCUGGCUUCUCUUGGAAGAGACACAUCCAUAGAGAAGAAGAGGAGGUACCAUGACCUGCAAGAUGCACUUCAGAAGGCAUUCAGCGAGGACAAGGAGGAGUUUGAUAGGUCGGCCCUUUCGUCUUCCUCAUCAUCAAUGUCGAUGGGAGCCGUCCAACGUAGGAGAUGAAGAAAACCUUGGUCCCCUUCCCUCCAUGUUGAUAGUUAAUGCCCUUCUGUUUAAUGUGCUCAAAAUUCAAAUAGUCUAGCAUCACCUGAUAUUCUCCAUGGCCUAUACGUUGGCCGUUUAGAGCUUGUAGUUAUGCUAACUUUUGCUUGUACAGUAACAGUGCUUGCAGCCCUCUACGCAAAUUGCUUAGCAUGUAUUAUGAAAGUCGUGAUCUUUCGGUGGUACAACACAAAUUUUGCCAACA